GUCACCCUUGCCCCCCUCCUCCUCGCUCCCAGAGGGGAGCAGCGCCUCCCUCUCCCCUCCCCCCUCCCGCCCCCCCUCGAGCCUGGAGCGGGGCGGGGGGAGCGGCGGCGGCCCCCCCCCGCGGCGGGUUCCUUGGAUGUCAGGAUGGCAGCGUCGAACUUGGAGAAUCAGCUGCACAGUGCCCAGAAGAAUCUUCUUUUUCUCCAACGGGAGCACGCUAAUACGCUCAAGGGGCUGCAUGCUGAAAUCCGACGGCUACAGCAGCACUGCACAGAUCUGACAUACGAGUUGACUCUCAAAAGUUCAGACUUGACAGAAAAUGGGAGUUCAAGGAGUGAAGAACUGAAGAGAAAGUGUGAAGAGCUUGAGGCUCAGCUCAGAGCAAAAGAGGCUGAAAACAAUGAGUUGCUUAAAGAACUGGAGCAAAAGAAUGCAAUGAUAAUGGUGCUGGAGAACACCAUCAAGGAGAGAGAGAAGAAGUAUCUAGAAGAGUUAAAAAUGAAAAGCCAUAAGCUGAACAUGCUGUCGAGUGAACUGGAGCAGCGAGCAAGCACCAUCGCAUACCUCACCUCGCAGCUGCACGCAACCAAGAAAAAGCUUAUGAGCUCAAGUGGGACUUCUGACAGUUCCCCCUCUGGAAGCCCAGUGCUGUCCAGCUAUAAGCCAGCCCCUCCCAAAGAUAAGCUCCCGGAGACUCCAAGGCGCAGAAUGAAGAAGAGUCUGUCCACUCCACUGAAUCCUGAAUUUGAAGAGGCCUACAGGUUAGGAUUGGAUAGCCGGAAGCUGCUGCUGCGGGAGCCUCUCGAUGCUAUGCCUGAUCCCACUCCCUUUCUGCUGGCCAGGGAAACUGCCGACAUCCACCUGCUCAAAGAGAGGCCUUCAGUCAUCCCACCUAUUCCUUCGGAGCGCCUCUGUGCAGAGCCCCACAGCCCGGCACGGGAGAAGCACCACAAGGCUCAUGUGGGCGUGGCUCACCGUAUCCAUCAUGUCACGCCUCCCCAGGCUCCACCAGAGGUUGAGACGCUGGCAGUGGAUCAGGUGAACGGGAGCAAAGUGGUCCGUAAGCAUUCGGGGACAGACAGAACUGUUUAAGCAAACUGUUUGGAAGUGACUCUCUUAGGCACUGUGGUCACAAAUAGGGUUAAUUGCAUCUGCAGUAAAUUUUGUUUCUCCCUCUCGAAUGCCCCCCUGCAUGCCAAAUUUUUUCCAUCACUAGAAUAACCUCCUUCAGCGGAACCCCGCUAUGACUGUGUCCCUAUUGCACAGUCUCUGCUUAAUGAAACGCUGUGGCCAAACUCAGGUGUCUGCCUGACUGCUUGCUUCUGAUGCUCCUUCAUUUAUCCUAAGCGCACUUGUGGGCAAGUGCCCAGGCAACAGUCUGCAUUAUUAAUCCAUAGUAAUGACAGAACCAGCCUCCUCCUGCUAGCCUUGCAGCGCUGUGCAUUGGCUGCUGAUGGCUCAAGCCUCUCCUGUAUGUAUCGCUUUGUACGUGGUCAUGACAAAUCCUUUGCAGGGGAGGGAGCGGGGGAGGGGAGCAAGUGGACCACAAUGCAGAUGCUUGCGUGUGAAGAACAAGACCAGCUGAGCAAGCCCACCCCACAUGCCUCACGCGGUCCUGAUCACAGUGUUCAUAUUUUCUGUUAUGUUUUUAUCUAGAGCUGCUAAAUCCCAACAAACUCUAUUUUAUUAACCCUUGCCAAUCUUGUUUUGUGUCCUUUUGUUCACAACUGGCUCUUCCCUUGGAGGAAAGAGAGGGGGAACAGUGGAUAAUAGGCCAGAAGGGGGAAAUCUCUGAAACACAAAGUGGGCUUCCAUGGCUUCCAUUGGACCCUAAAGGUAGACUGAUGUGCCUCAGUGAUUUUGGAGAGUUCAAAAUAACUCCUUCAGUCCAGGUUGAUCUUGUCGCUCUGUUUGACUGAUGGCAAUCUUGUGAGAUCCAGUGUAAAUGGGGGAGGGGGGAAUCUGCCCUUUUGAGGAGGGAUGCUUCCGCUUUUGGUUGACUCCAGCCAGAAGUGCAGGUAGCUGCGGUGCAGACAUACCACAAGAAGCUCGUUUUUAAACCUGACUGUACCUUUUGACUGCCCAAGGAAGCCCUCCAUUUUAAAAUUUCUAAAUUACAUAGCUGUACACUUUAUAAUCUGUGAUGGUUAAAGGCCAUGCAGCCCACAGUGGUUUUGCACUGUGACUUUUCAUGAAGAGGUUCUUCUCCUCUGAGGCAGAGUCAAGGCAGAGAGCAGAACCCAAAUACUGGCCAUGUGAGUCGCUGACAAAGUACCCAAGUCACUUCAGUCACCCAAGUCACUCAGAUAAACGUAGAAAUGACCCCAUUGCCUGGUAGAGAUGGAAAGCAACUUCUGUCUUCAUUGGGAUGAAAAUGUUGCUAGCUUAAAACGUGCCUUCAAGCUCAGCUCUUAACCUAGCCUACAGGAAAGAGCAGUGUGCUUUACUCUAGGACUUAUCACAGCAGGUUACGUGGUUAAAUCCGGAUAGUGUUUGGCUCAGUGGCUGUUUUUUGGGACAUGGAGCCAUUUCACAAAGCCAGUUUUUUCCCUCUCUUCUAUUGGCACAUCUUUAAAUUGUCAUGGAUGUGUGCUAGAAAGGUACUAACAGCUAAUGGAAGACACCAUUCUUUGCAAUGGGAAUCCUGCUAGUAGCUGUAUAUAGUCUUGUUCAGUAAGUCUCCUGCCACAGCAGUGCAAAAAAGGGACCCUUAUUUUCACAGAAUGCUGCAUGUGCACCUUGGAGUAGCAGAGGUCCCUUUAAGUUUACUCCUAAGUAAACAACACGACUGAAAGCCUCCUAACAUUGGCCAGCCCCAUUUUCUGCACUAUCUUUGUGCAUUUGGGUGGGGUGGGGGGGUCUUUAGCCAUUCAUUUGGUUUAUGAAUUUGUCCCUAAAUGUUGGGAUUUUUCUUCUUAAGUAAGCAUUGAAGUCUCUCUCAGAGACCGCUGAAGAGAAAGUUUUACGUUUAACCAGACACUGUUUUUAAAUGUAUUGCAUUAACCACCACUGGUUUUGAUCACUUCUCUAUAUCUUCUAUUUAUUCCCAUGUCCAGUGAUGAAAAGCAACCUAAGAUGCUGGGAGAACUGUAUUGUAAAAUUAAAAAUGCUCUAAACCUUUCUUACAUUCAUGUGAGGCCAAAUA